GUUGGGCGCAGUUUUAAUGCUCUUUCGCUCGGCGCAAGAUGUUGAUGAUUUUGGGAUUACUGGCAGUUUUAUUCGUUCCUCUUCCAUCGCUUACAGAAGCUAACAGUAAAUGUGGAAGGCGUAUCGAUCAGCCGUCCCGCGUGGUAAAUGGUGAAGAUGCCGCACCUAAUUCAUGGCCGUGGCAGAUUUCUCUCCAUUACAAACAUUACGGCCACAUUUGUGGGGGAUCACUUAUUGAGAACGAGUGGGUUUUGACAGCCGCUCAUUGCGUAAAGUUUGACCCCACUCCUGCGUCAUUUAAAGUCGUUGUUGGUGCUCAUUACCGUGAGGGUUCUCCGACCUCGGUUCAAGAAACAAUCAAUGUAACCGAAGUUAUCACUCACUGUGGGUUCAGCGAUACAACACUCAAACACGACGUUGCAUUGCUAAAACUUCAGAAGCCGAUCACACCAAGUGGGAAGGUCAACGUAGUCUGUCUUCCGAGAGAUAUAUAUGAUCAGAUAUGGCCAGGGAAAAAAUGUUUUAUCACUGGGUGGGGACGCACAGUCGGUGGAGGGAAUGCAUCAGAUGUAUUGCAACAAGCAGUGCUUCCGAUAGCGGAUCACCUAACAUGCCGCAUAAGAAACAAGAACUUGACAAGAGUCUUUGAAGGACCAAUGUUGUGUGCUGGAGGCCAAGGCAAAGGUGGAUGUCAUGGAGAUAGCGGUGGACCUCUUGUUUGUGCAGAAAGAGGAGGCAAGUGGGUUUUGCGAGGUGUUGUCAGCUGGGGACACUACAAUUGUGAAACGGAUUACUUCUCCGUGUUUGCUCGUGUCUCCAACUACGUGAAGUGGAUUGAGUCAAACACGAUGUCCUGAUUGGUAAUAGUUUAUAAGGUAUGUUUAUAUAGCGUGCUCUUGACAUGUCCCGGAUGCCUAAUCACCUGCAUGACUGAUAGUUCAACGAGUGAUCCACGACGAUUAACUUUAGAAUAGUGAGAAAUUUUUCAUUUACUAACACUAUAAAAUAAGUCAAUAGCUUGAAAAGUGAGGUAGCUAGUCACAUAGGCGGAUUUUUUAAAUUCUCGUCUA